AUGGUUGUUUUCGCUCGCGACUCCCGCUCCGGACAACAAAGAUGGUCCUCCGGACAUGUUCUACGACGACAUGGACGUACGCUAUACAACGUGUUACUUCAAGGAUCCAUCUGGAAGCGCCACGCCAAUCAACUUCGCCCACGUAAUUCACUGGGAGAAGCAAUUGAUCUGAUAAAUGCAUUCGACAUACCGUUCAAUUCCUCACCAGAAUCGCCUUCAGGGUCAUACACACUACCGUUGUCUCCAAUGGCCACAACAGCCCUGCUCACGACAACAGUGACAACAAUGACGACGACGACUGCCCCACCAGCGCCUCCUGCCAUUGCACCUCGCCGUUCGAUCCGUACUCGACGCCCUCCAGACUUUCUUCAGAUUGACCCGUACGCCAAGUCGUGCCGAGACCGUCAAUCCUAG